GAGCAUUCUCCCUAUCCGAAUGGUACAAUUUUAUCAACCUUUUCGCUACUAUCGCCCGUCAUCGCGCACGCAGGGCCUGUUCAGACGGUUCGGGCAGCCUUGGCAGUAUCACCGCCAGUAUGAACGGUGCCUCCGCUGCCCAGAUUUCCACCAACGAAUGCUCAAGAAUAGCGUAUCUGCCGCCAAUGCGGUUUCCCAGGUCGUUACGGGGAAAAUAUGUCGAGAAAUGGGGGUACUGGGUCGCAAAGGGUCCGGUGCAGUAUGUAGUUGCUGGCGCAGAACAUAAGCGCGUUGAGCGCCGCUGUAUAUGCAAUGCUCAGCAACUGGCUGCCAUUGCCCGCUGUCGCCUAGCACGCAGCCAUCCAACACCACCAAACUCAUUCUUAACCUCCACCCGAGUGGAGCAUCCACCAUACAGAUGCUCUCCUGGACACACAGUACUCGCUGGAAGAGUCCUUGCUGCGCCUCCGCCCUCCUGCACUCGUGACCAGUCGCGUCUGGAAACGUACCCUGUGUCCGCUGUGAGGACAGAUGUGUCUGUUGGCGAGGGCGAUGCUGAUGAACGGACUGAUGUGGAUGCCGAGGCUGAGGAUGAGGCGGACGCGUAUGUGGAUUCGGAUGCGGAGGCAGAUCCAGAGGUAGAGCUGCUUGAAGCUGUGGACGCUUCCAAGUCGAACUCAACUCACAGCUCGAGUAGUGGCUGGCCCCAAGGUGGAGGUUUGACGAUGGAGUGGCGUGUUCUCUUUCAAAUACCAAACCCUCACAUCAUCAUCUUAGUUAUUCUCUCGUACUCCUCCAGUUAUUUGACCCUCUCUUGCAUAUCCCAUGGCAUUGUUCCCUCACCGGUGACCUUCGCUAUCCCCGUACUCCUCCAGAAUGCUCCCUGGCCAUCUCUAGCAUGUUUCGACGCAUUAUUUCGAUAA